AUGGAGGACCAAAAGCAGAGUACCCAUCUCGAGAAUUGCACAGAAAAAGCCCAAGAGGCUGCUAAUUCUCAGAUCCCAAUUGUAAUUCCGUCCGUACGUGUGGCUGAGAAGUUGUCCAGGAAGAAAUCGGAGAGGUUCACUUAUCUUGUUGCUGCGGUGAUGUCCAGCUUUGGUAUUACUUCCAUGGCUGUCAUGGGCUGUUUAUUACAGAUUUUACUGGCAAAUGGAGGGUGGGAAUGUGCCUUUGUCUGA